UGGCCUCCGUACAGAGCUUAGGAGCUUUCGACAAGUGCAUCUUCAGCUUCAAGAAUGCAGGACCACCUUUCAGAACCACUAGGUAUUUUGACCUCUGGUUUUUUGGCCGCACAGCCAACCUUGAAUUUUUCAUACUGCUCCGAAAAUGCCACAAUCUGCGAUGGCACAUCCUGUUUGCAGCCUACCGAUGAUGAUUAUAACAAAACUAUGAGCUUAAUAUUAAGUACAGUCCUGACGAUCAUGUUGGCACUGGUGAUGUUCUCCAUGGGGUGCAACGUGGAGCUAAAUAAAUUCUUAGCACACAUUAGAAGACCAUGGGGCAUAAUGGUGGGUUUCCUCUGCCAGUUUGGAAUUAUGCCUCUCACUGGCUUUGUACUGUCAUUCGCUUUCAAUGUACUUCCUAUACAAGCUGUUGCAGUGAUUAUCAUGGGAUGCUGUCCUGGUGGAACUGGAUCCAACAUCUUAGCCUACUGGGUAGAUGGUGACAUGGACCUAAGCAUCAGUAUGACAACGUGUUCAACCUUGCUGGCCAUGGGAAUGAUGCCACUUUGUCUCUUAGUUUAUACCAGUAUCUGGACAGACUACAACACCGUUCAAAUCCCCUUUGACAGUAUUGGCAUUUCAUUGGUAGCACUUGUCAUUCCCGUUUCCGUUGGAAUAUUUUUUAAGCAACGAUGGCCCGGAAAAGCUAAACUCAUACUCAAGGUUGGCUCCGUUGCUGGAGGAAUUCUCAUAGUGAUCACAGCUGUGGUUGGAGGAAUAUUGUAUAAAGGCGCCUGGGUAAUCGCACCUAAGCUCUGGAUUAUUGGAGCCAUCUUUCCUGCUGCUGGUUAUUUACUAGGCUUUUUUCUGGGUCGCUUAUCUGGCCAGCCCUGGCACAGAUGCCGUACAGUUGCUCUGGAAACAGGUCUACAGAAUACUCAACUGUGUACAACGAUAGUGCAACUCUCCUUCACACCUGAGCAACUGGAAUUAAUGUUUACCUUCCCACUCCUCUACAGUAUUUUCCAGCUAGCUUUUGCAGCAAUAUUUUUGGGAGUCUACCAGGUGCACAAAAGGCGUUUUGCUGAUCGAAAGACGGACUUAACAGUGAAAGAAAAUGAACCUGAAUCAAUGCCGGUACCAUCAUACUCGACUAUGAAUGGAGGAUUUAAAUUGGAGGAAGAUAAAGUAGAGAACCAUGGGUCAGUGACUCCCAAUGGAAAAGUAUAAAUACUGUUGAUUUCCUGGAACUUCUGCUUUUAAAAAAUGUGUGUAUCGCUUGAAAGAAAAUAUUUUGUAUAUUGGG